AGCCUAUCCAACGUCAGUCCUUGCCAUCGACAGUGCAGUUUAAAUAAAUGUCUCUAGAUGCCGAAGCAAGCAGACUUCUCCAGCUUCCGGGGGAGCUUCGGCGCGCCAUCAUCGUCCUUGUCAUCUGUUGCGGACGCAGCAGCGCUCCAUGCUUCAACCAAGAGCUCAUAGACAACAGCCGCAGAAACCAAUACCUCCACGGCAACGGCCUGCGAGCCGCCAACCGCCAGCUUCAAAGCGAGGUAGAUCUCGCGAUAGAGCAAGAGCUGAAAUCAGGCAAAGUUGACAUCCCGUUUGUUCUAGACGUCCUGAUUGUCAAGGAUAUCGGCGUUUUUCCAUAUUGGAGAACCUUCCCUUAUCAGCCACAACACCUCAAGCUUCUCACCAUCCACUUGCGCAUUGUUCGUCCAGGGUCUGUCGCCGUUCCUGACGAAUGGGUCGAGGCAGCACGAUACACCGCGGGGGUUUCGUAUUCACAUCACUCUCCUGCGAUCCGGAAUAUUAUGAUGGCCAUUUCGAUAUACGCAUUCAGCUGCAUUUCGGCUCCUCGAGAUCCUCAGGCUAACGUCAUUGAUGCCCACCUUGUUCCUUCGAGCAAGUAUGUCACCGACGAGCUGCACAUUUUCUAUGACAAGCACGAGUACGAAGCCAGUGGCAGAAUUAUCACUACAACAGUACCAGAUCCUUUGAAAGAAAGCCAGUUCUUCAAAGCGGGUUACGUGCAGUUCGGCCGAGAAGUGUUUGAGGACUACAGCACAGAUUGCAAGGAUAACGACGUGCUUGAAAACGACGAAGACUUGCUUGCUCGGGGCAUGUAUGCCUGCCACCAGCUGAAGGAUAGGUUAGACGAAAAGCUCUGUGGUAUGAGUCAUAGCAGCGACUCUAUAUACUUUAUGUAUCUUCGCGUGUUGGCUCGCAGCGUGGGUGAGCUGAGCGUUUCUAGCUGGUACGGGCUGACUACUAUUUUACCUAGGCCCCCGGGACUCUGGGUGGACUUGCGCUAUGCUUUGGAUAACGCCGAGAUUCAGUCGGGAAGUUACUACACUAAACGAAAUAUUGCGAGGGUUUUGAAGAAGGAGGUGGCUGAUGGAUGGGAUCAGAUGGCGAAGAACCUGCGCACGGUUCAAAUCAGGAGGUCCCACGGCUGGGUCAACGAGGACGACGCGUAGAUAUGAGUUGCUUAGGGACAAUCAUUGUCAAUUUUUCAUGUAAAUAUAUGGGCUCUCUCUAGCAACUAGAUACUCUACCCAUCUAUUGAGCGAGGACACACCAAGCUAGAGAUCCAGUAGCGCCUGUUGAUCUCAAGGCCCGUAGGACGCUUCUGCAUAAGACUAGAUGUCUGUAUUAGUAUAUUUAACUCUACGCA